AGAAAAUGACCUGAGCUAGCUAUACAGUUCAUAUCGAUAAAUAAAUUUGUUUCCAACUUCAAGAUGAGGAGAACAGACAAUGAUGACAUUCAACAAUACCCAAAACCCAGAUGACCGAGGAAGAAGAAAAAGAUUUCCCUAUGAAAUCUAGUUUAAAACAAAAACUUCAAUCUCUUGGAAGAAAGUGUAAAAUACAAGAUCAAAUGAAGACAAAAAACUUCUAUAUUCUUGUCCUUUUUCUUGGAGCUUCAACAUUGUCACUUUGGUUGCUAAGCAACCCAUCACCUCAUCUUCAUACUAUCGUUACGCAAACCCAUAUACAAAUCAAUAACAUAAAGAACAUUCCUGAGAAUAUUCGGACCUCUCACAAUGAAGAGUACAAAGUUGAUCCUAAUGUGCUAGAGGAAUUAGGCUUUCAUGAGACUCAUUCCAUUUCAUAUGAUAAUUUACAGAAAGACAUUGAAAAUUUGCCGAUAGGAACUGCAAUAAAGCCUGGACUUUAUGAUGAAAGCAUGCGCUUAAUUAAAUCUUGCCAUAAACAUUUACCGUCAAAGAUGAUCUUGAUUUAUGACCUUGGUAUAAAUUACCAUAAACAUCAAUUGGUGAAAACUUACUGCAAUGAGACAAGAAAAUGCACAUUGAAGAUAUUUGAAUAUGAACAGUAUCCCUCACAUGUUAAGGACUUAGAAAUAAAAAGUUAUAGACCAAUAAUUAUACAGGAAAUUUUAAGAGAUUAUGGAAUGGUUUUAUGGGCAGAACCACCAGAAGUAUUACUGACGGGUCAAAUUAAUCAUUUGAUAAAAAAAGCACAGACAUUAGGACUUAUAGCAUGGACAAUUAAAGAUCCUGUAUCAUCACUCACGUAUACAAAAAUGCUAAAACAUUUCAAGGUUCGAAUAGAGGAUUAUUAUUUCAAAGAGUCAGCAAAAACUAGUCAAUUAAUAUUGUUCGAUACAGAAAAGAUUCACAAGGAAUUAAUGUUGCCAUGGGUAAAAUGUGCCCUUGUUGAAGAAUGUAUUAGCCCUACUGGAGCUCAAAACACUGCAUGCAACUAUGAACGAAAGCCGUUAUUUAAGUAUUCUGGGUGUCAUAAAUACGAUAUGUCAGCAUUUGAUGUGAUUUUAGGUAAAAUAUUUAAGCAUUCAAAAGGGUAUGCUGUAGAAGAAAGAGUAUUUGGUGUACCAAAAAUAGUUGUUCCUCAAAUUACAGAAAAUUACCAGAUGUAUGUUUCACAUAAUGUCACAACAGACUAUAUAGAAAGAACUAGACUCAAUCAAAUUCCUUAAACAUGUUAAAAUAGAUAUUUUAAAUCAUGAUUCAAGUAAUCAAAAAUUUUGUAUACUUUUAUAACUAAGAGAAAUGUUAAAUUUCCAUGGAUGUAAUGAGAGUUCAGUAAACUGGUUAAUGUGCAGAGAUCACAGAACAGUUUUUAGAAAGUUGUUGAACUAUUUACUGUGGAUUCAUUAUUAUUCGUCGGAUACCAUUUUUCCUGGAUUCCGUGGGUAAAGAUGAACCACAAAUUCAAAUGUUCAAUGAAGUACAAAUUUUCCAAAAGGCUUGUGUGCAGACUUCUGCAAAACUAUGAAAUCAAAUAUCCACGAAAAUACAAUUUUUCUCAAUGCACAAAAAUAGGUACCCACAAAAAUAAAUGAAUCCACAGUAUUAAAAAAAUCAUGAAAAGGAAAUGUGCAGCCAAUUUGUCAAAAUGGUUGAUGUUUUUAUAGCUUGAUAAAGAGGUAUGGUUUAGUCAUGCAAAUUGCUCAUUUAUUCAAGAAGAAGACCUCUGCAGGAAAGUAAUAUGACAUGUAGUAGCAAACUUAUUAUCAAAACAAUAUCAUAACUUUUAUCAUUUACAAUACAUCUUUCAUGGUUAUGACUUGGUAGGCAACAGGGGCAUUAAGUGUUACCCUUGACCAUCUGGCUUUCCACCCGUCCCAUUUUGGUUUCUGCACUCUGACUUAUGUUUGCCUCAUGCAAAUUUUAUAAAACUCAUACACAAUGCUAAGAACCAAAACUUGCAGACAGAGCUCGAAUUUGGGAAGCUAGUCACUUACAGUUCUAGAGUUAUGCCCAUUUAUAACUUGGAAAAUUGCAAUUUUUUUUUGUUUCUGCACUCUAACUCAAGUUUGUCUCACCCAAAUGUUAUGAAACUCAUACACAAUGCUUAAAACUACAAAAUGCAGACAGAGUUUGAAUUUGUGCAGUGAGUCAUUUACCGUUCUAGAGUUAUGCCCCUUUAUAACUUGGAAAAUUUCAAAGCUUGAGCGGGGGCAUUCGUAUCCUCAGACACAUUCUUCUUUUAUUUUUAUAUUGAAAUGAAUAGGAUGAUAUUAUCUGGACUUUUCAGUGCAGAAAUGUCACUUGCGUUGUCACGAACGUCAUUAGUGUACAUGUAGAAAUGACAUAUUUGACCUAAAAUGACCAUUUCUCACAAAGAUUUUGGCAAAAAUAUAAAAAUGAGCCAAAGUCAUAGUCAAAAAGAUGACAUCAACAUCUUUUAUUUAGACAUCUUAAAGCAACACUUCUCUUUUUGUAAGGAUGUAGCAAAAGUCCAAAAUAAUAUACUUAUAUAAAUGUUAUUAACAAGAUCUCAGAAUGAGGUUGUUUUGGAAGUAAUUAAGUUUUUGCACCUAUAUUACAGUUGUUCACCAGCUACUAUGGAAAUUUUUGAAGUUUUUUAUCCAAAUAUUCCACACAAAGGAACUUAAUUGAUUUAUUCAGCAAGAUUUUUCCAAUUUUUGUUUUCAUUCCAGAUUUUUGUACUUUUCAGAAAGUUUUCAAUGUUGUGCUCCUUAAAUUGCUCAUUUUUACAUUUUAUAUUUCAACAUAUUUAAAUGUUCAGUAUAGAAAAUAUCCAUUGUUAAAGACACAUUCUGUUCAACCCAGCCAUUUGAGUCUUUGAUCCAUUUUUUAAUACUUUUACAAGAAUGAAUGCUCCGUAGAAAAUUAUUUUAGGAAAAAGGUUUCAUGUAUUCUAAGCAAUGUUGAAGAAACUAUCUUAUUUUUAGAAAAAAAGAGGUAAAGUAGUGUUAAGGAUAUUGCUCCUCUUGUUUUUGAUUUUUUUGCCAGAUAUUCUGAAUCCUCUUGUUUUAUCCAUGUAGAGCCAUUAAAAAUUUUUGCCCGCUAACCCCUACUUUUCUUUUCAUAAUUUUAUUACAUCUAGUUUAAAAAGCCAUAUUUGAAAAUCUUAUAAAAUCCUUGUUAUUUUUUCAUUGUUUUUGAAAGAAAAAAGGUGCCAAUGUUAAAUGUAUGAAAAAUCUAGAGAGAAUCAUUUCUGCCAAAUUUUCAAUGGCUUAUAUCUCGAAAACAAGCACACAGACCCUUCAUUUUAUUCUGUUUUUUAAGUUUCUUCAUUUAUAUACUAUCAAUUUAUAACAGUCGUUUAAAAAGCUUGUUAUUAUGAAACAGAGGAGCUAACAUCCUUAAGGAUAAAAUAUAAACCACUGUAAGUAUUUACGGUACACGUGUGUUUUGUAUUUGAGCAAUAUAUAAAUCAUCUGGAAAACUCAAAAAAUAAACUGAUCAAUUUUUGCAAUGUAUAUGAUUUAAGGGUAUGACAAAUAUAAAAAAAUUUGAUGCUAUUUUGUGUAUUUUUCCUUUGAUCUUUUUUGUGAUAAUUUUUCAUAUCAUGCUACUUGCUUGAGGUAGAAAGUUAUUGUCAGAAACUAAGGACGCACCUGCUGUUGCAAUGUAAACAUCUACAUCGUCAUAAGCAAAAUAGCGAUAAACAGAUUAUUAAUGGUCUUUUAAACUCAAGGAUGUUUCUUGGCCACAUCUCAUCACAGGGCUAUCGCCCUUCGGUGAGCUUGUAGCUGAGAAACACCCUCUUGUUUGGAAAACCAUCGAUACCAGCUGCUGCUAAUCAAAUUCAAAGUUUUUUAUUGAGAUAUUGAAGGAACAAACUAUUAAGAUAUGUCUGAUAGCUAUUUUAGAACAUUAACAAUUAAUAUCCAUUGCAUAUUUGUAUUUUAUUUAAGAUUGCUCAAUAUGGAAUCAAUAUCGUUUAGAAAUAAGAAUAGACAUAGAAAUUUUUUAUUAACCAAUCAUGGACCCUUGCCGGUUUUAAAUUUUAUACAAUAAUUAUAAUGAUAAAUAAAACACAACAUUUAUAGAAUAAUGAAUUGUCAGUGCAUGAACAAGAGAGCAAUUAGGGAAUACAGUAUUUUAUUUAAAGCUGAUUACUUCCCUUUGUACAAUAUUUGAUAUGUCAAAUCUUGUGUUAUUCAGAUUUUAAAACUUAUUUUAGUAGAUCAUCUGAAAA